GGACCACCGUUUCCUCCGAGAUCCUUCAGCUUCUCCAAUCUUAUCUUUGUGUCCUCAUCUCCAGCCAGCCCUUCUUGUUUGUCUCUCUCACAGAUAUACUUGCAUUUAUUUGUCGUCUCAUCUCCUGUACCUCACCAUCCGACUGUUCUCAAGUUAUCUAUAUCAAGCGUUCUUUGCAUGGAUGAUGCUGAAAUUGAUAGUCUUAUGAAUAAUGGAAUUGCCAGUUUCACUUUUUGUUAAGUUCCGCCCCAGACAGCCCUCCUCGUCGCAGGAGGCGCUGUCCGCUUUCCUAUCGCCUGCCACAGAGAUGGAUGCACCCGCUUCGAAUCUGGUGUGGGAGGAAGAGGCAGGUCAAGGCUCCAACCUGGGUCUAAGAGGCUGAUCCGGACCUGGGGGAGUGUAGCCCCAGGCUUGUAGAUACUGCUCUUGUAGCUGUCAGAGUAGUACAGGGAGGAACAAUCAGAGUUCCUCUGGGAGCAGUUGAUUGGGAAGGUCCUUUCCAGUGCCGGCGGAUCCGCUCUGGGGUUCAUGGCGGCGCCAGUCCACCUGGGCCGGAAACGCCCGCUACCGGUUUGCCCCAACCCGCUCUUUGUACGCUGGCUGACCGAGUGGCGGGAUGCGGCGGCCAGCAGGGGGCGCCGCACGCGCUUCGUGUUUCAAAAGGCACUGCGCUCCCUUCGGCGCUACCCGCUGCCCCUGCGCAGCGGGAAGGAAGCUAAGAUCCUCCAGCACUUCGGAGACGGGCUCUGCCGAAUGCUGGACGAGCGAUUACAGCAGCACCAAGCAUCGGGUGGUGAGCACCUUUGCAGGAAUGGGGAUGAUCCCCUGCCUCCUCGAGGUGACCAUGCUCCUGACUCACCAUCUGGAGAGAAGAGCCCAGUCCAAGUAAAGUCAUCUGCCCAAACCCAGGACUCUUGCAUGCCAGUUCCAGCCCAGCCCCAAGCAAGAGGCUCUAGUGGCUAUUGGCCGGCGCGAAACUCAGGAGCUCGCGUAGUCCUGCUGCAGCUCUACUGGGAGCACCUGGAUCCUGAUGGUCACAGCUUCCUAACCAAGGAGGAGCUGCUACAGAGGUGUGCCCAGAAGGACCCCAGGGUGAGCACUGAGAUAGCCCCUCUGAGUUCUCGACCCUGGCCAGCCCUUCGUUCUCUCCUGCAUCGGAACCUGGUCCUCAGGACACACCAGCCAGCCAGGUAUUCGUUGACCCCAGAGGGCCUGGAGCUGGCCCAGAAGUUGGCUGAGUCAGAAGGCCUGAGCUUACUGAAUGUGGGCACUGGGCCCAAGGAGCCCCCAGAGCAGGAGCCAGCAUUGCCAGGAGCAGCUUUGGCUGAGCUUGGCGCCAGUGAAGUGGGUGUACAGCAGCCACUGCUAGAGUUGGGGCCUGCAGAGUACAAGGUGGUGUUGUGUGUGGACACUGGAGAGACCAGGGGGGUAGGACACAGGCCAGAGCUGCUCCGAGAGCUACAGCGGCUCCAUGUGAACUAUGUGGUGCGCAAGCUACACAUUGGGGACUUUGUGUGGGUGGCACAGGAGACCAGGCCCAAAGACACAGCAAGACCUGCAGAGUUAGUGCUGGAUUACAUUGUGGAACGCAAGCGGCUAGACGACUUGUGUAGCAGCAUCAUCGAUGGCCGCUUCCGGGAACAGAAGUUCCGACUGAAGCGCUGUGGCCUGGGCCACCGGGUAUACCUGGUGGAAGAUCAUGGCUCAGUCCACAACCUCAGCCUCCCUGAGAGCACACUGCUGCAGGCCGUCACCAACACCCAGGUCAUCGAUGGGUUCUUUGUAAAGCGAACAGCAGACCUUAAGGAGUCAGCGGCCUACCUUGCCCUUUUGACACGGGGUCUAGAGAGACUUUACCAGGACCACACCCUAUGCAGCCGCCCCUGGGGAACCCCAGUGUACCCUGAAUCGGGAACCAGGCCCUCCCCAAACCCUCUCUGCUCACUCUUCACCUUUGGUGAUUUCAACUCUGGAGCCAUCAAGAAUAAGGCCCAGUCUGUUCGGGAGGUGUUUGCCCGGCAGCUGAUGCAGGUGGGCGGAGUGAGUGGGGAGAAGGCUGCAGCUGUGGUGGAUCGAUACAGCACCCCUGCUAGCCUCCUGGCCGCUUAUGAUGCCUGUGCCACCCCCAAGGAGCAGGAGAUGCUGCUGAGCACCAUCAAGUGUGGGCGUCUGCAGAGGAAUCUGGGGCCAGCUCUAAGCAGGACCUUGUCCCAGCUCUACUGCAGCUAUGCCCCCCUGACCUGAGCUAUGCUACAAAUGGAUCCUAGCCCUCUAAACCUCCCCAUCCAGGCUAGCCAGCCUCUUAACCAGGACUUUUUUGGGGGAACCACAAUAAAAAUCCAAAUAUUUUCAGCCUUUUGUGUUCUGGAAGGGAUGUCAGGCUUCAAGGGCCUUGUGAAAUAUCUGUACAGAGAGAAGAGACCAUAUGGUCUCUAGUAUUUCUGUUUGCUUGCAGUGCGUGCUGGGGAUUGAUUCCAGGGUCUCAUAUGUGCUAGGCAAAUGCUUUACUACUACACUGUACCCCCAGCCUGUCCAAGCAGUGUGAUGGUGCACACCUGUAAUCUCAUUACUCUAGAGGCUGAGGCA